AUGGUGGCGAGGUUUAACUUAUCAAGCAACUCUUGGGUCGACCAAACCUAUGAGUUGAGAAAAUUAUGGGCUCUUGCUUAUUUGAGGGGCCAAUUUUUUGGGCGAAUCAGGACAACAUCCCAGUGUGAAGGGAUUAACUCUCUAUUAAAAGCAUAUGUGAGAAAGAGAGAUACCCUUCUUGAAUUCAUCAACAACAUGGAAACCAUUGUUAGCCAUUACAAAAACAAUGAAAGAGUUGCAGAGUUCAAUAGUAAAUAUACCAAUCCAGUACUUGUGACUUCUUUGCUGACACUUGAAGAUUUUUCUGCAAAGACUUUCACUCGUAACAUGUUUCAGGAGGUCAGGAAGGAAAUUGAGGGUGCUUGUGCAAUGAAUACAGAGUUGGUAAUUCAGGAUGGUGGAAAACUAUACUUUAAGUGUAACAGUUUUGGAGUGCCAGAUAUUGAUCAUGUGGUUGAGUUUGACAGAGUUAGGGGCAUGCUUUGUUGCGAGUGUCUGUGGUUUGAAAAUAGAGAGAUUCCUUGCAUGCACAUAUUCGCCUGCCUAAAGCACCAACACAUUAAAGUUAUUCCAGAAAGCUUAGUGUGCAAGCGUUGGACGAAGAAUGCCAAGAGUGACUUCAUGAAGUCAAACGUCAAUGAUCCAAGUGAUUCUGAUAAGGUACUAAAGUGUCGUUUUGGUGUGUUGGGUGCUAAGUGUUCUAGGUUGAUGGAUUUGGCCUGUAAGAACUCAAGUGAUUUUUUCAAAGCAAUGAAUAGUGUUGUUAACACAAUUACAAAAUUCCAAAAGCGAGGUGAAAAUUCACGCAACACUAACUUAGACGAUGACUACGUUGUUGACCCAUUGGUGGGGAAGAAUAUGGGAGCUCACAAGAAAAACUCAAAAUUCAAGCAACAAAGAAAAUGUUCAAACUGCGGUGUGACAGGGCACUACAACAAAAGUUAUUCUAAUGCUCCUGGUAGAAUCCCAAAGGAGCUAGUAGACGAUGAUACAUAA